AUGUUGCGCAAGAUUGAGCUAACGCAUCCGGACACGCGGGCGAGGUGGUUUGAGUUGAAGCCGAAGACGAUUUCGGAAUGCAAGAAUUUCGCCGAGCGCGUGCACAAACUGGGCAUUCCUGCGCUGCUCGAUGAGUAUACGCCUGCCGGGAUGAUACCGGAAACCGAUUGCAAGGCAUCUACGAAGAACGCUGCGAAGAACCGCUAUCAGAACUACCCGGCGCCAGACAAGACCCGGUUUCAACUUGACCAGGACCCCGACCGUUACUUCAAUGCCGUCGUGUUCCGAAUGAAACACUCUGACGUCGAAUGGGUGCUGACCCAGGCGCCGAUUCCUGGAACAUGCGAAGACUUUUGGACGAUGAUGAAGGCAUUGUAUGAUCGCUACGAACUGAAAAUCAUGCUGAUGGCUCUCAAUGCGUUCGAUCCGGUGAUCGAGGGAGAUAACUAUCUUCCUCAUGACGAGAGCCGCGUGGCCGCCCGCACAAAGAACGAUCUUCCGUUUUGCACCUUCGGCGAAUGGUGCCCGACCGCCCAGACGAUAGACGGUUAUGAAGGCGUCUCCCGGAUUCCGAUUGCGAACCUGCCAGCGGCAGGGCACGCUCAGUUGGUGGAGGGGAUGAGAUCCAGAGACUUGGAGAAUUACAUCAACGUUGUUGCCAUUAAAAAGGACGACCUUGCCGGCGACUUGGGCAUGCGAAACGAGAGACGCGCUCCCGAAUACCUGGGUGAGCGCGAGGUUAAGAAUCUGCUCUAUUGCCGCGCUCUCCUUCGGAUGAUGUGGAAGGACCCAUGGGGUCGUAACCACCUCCAAGUCGUCCAGUGCGCCUCGGGAGUGGGCGUUUCGGCCGUGUACGUCAUGGUGCACGUCAGCAUUGAACGUCUCUUGUAUGGAUGGCCAGUUUCGAUCCCCGAACUGCUCAAAGAAAUUCGCGAGCACAGCCCAUUGGCCAUCUGCAACAAGGAACACUACAUCACCGUCUACGCGUGUGUGCUGCUGUUUAUCCAGGCCUAUUUGCCCGAUACGUGCCCGCACGAGCAGCCAGAGCGCCUCGCUUCGGACAACAUCGUCGACGUUCCCGCGUUGGUGAUGUUGCGCCCGUCGCCGAGUUAUUUCUACGUCUCCCGCUUCUUCGAA